UUCUCUUCUGCCUCCCUCGACGACCGAUCCUCUAAGAUUUCUUCCUCAAACCUCACAAGAACAGAAACCCCAACUCCUCGUGUUUCUCUCCUCUUCGACGCCCUCGCCUGGUGGCUUCUCCUUCACUGUCCCAUAGCUCGCCUGUAGACCUCCACACAGCCCGAGCCUAACGCCGCGCCAGCCCAUCUCUUAGAUCGCCUCCCCCCUCAUCUAUGAAACCCUAACUGUGAUUCAGGGUUUAACUCCACUCAACAAACGCACAAACAGGCUUUCACCUCUCGCACUCCGACGACAGGUGGCCCGCUGGCCGUGGCAUACUCGCACGGACGUAUUUCUCAUUUCUCCUCUUCAGUCUUCUUUAGCCUCUACUCGAAUUUGUUUAGGAGCACAAUGCACACAUUAUACCCAGAGGGCAGAAGGCGAAAACUUGAUACUCACUCAGGUUAAGUAACACCUGCUAGAAACCAGAAAGUACCUAUUGCCUAUUGGCUUCAACAUUGCAAGAUAAUAUGAUGAAAACCGUCAAAGUCCUAUGUCGUCGAUUCUCAGUUUUCUCCCGCACAGAACUUCGAUCCAUCUCUUCCGUUUCUCCUAAUACCUUCCAUUACCACACUCAGUCUCUCUCUUCUUUUUCCCCCACCUCUCUUCCUCAUAAUUUUCUCCAUACUUUUCCCAAUCAAUCAUCCAAGCUUUUUUGCUCCCAAUCUUUUUCAAAUUCCGAGCUUCGACGAUGCUGGAACUGCAAUUCAUCUGCGACAACGUCAGACCUCUUUCUCGUUUGCAAUAAUUGUCGCUGCAUUCAACCCGUUGAUCCUUCAAUUGAUUACUUUCGUAUUUUUGGCUUGGAGCAGAUAUUUGACAUUGACGAGAGUAAUUUGGAGGGGAUGUAUAAAGACUGGCAGAAAAAAUUACAUCCUGAUCUAGUUCAUUCGAAGUCUGAGAGCGAAAAGGAGUAUGCUGCUGAGCAAUCUGCUCGAGUUAUUGAUGCAUACAAGACGCUAAGAAAUUCCUUGUCCAGAGCUAUAUACCUUAUGAAGCUACGGGGUGUGCAUGUUGAUGAAGAGCAGACUGUUUCAGAUCCAGAGUUGCUAGCUGAGAUUAUGGAGCUUCGAGAAUCUGUUGAAGAAGCUCCUGAUUCUCAGGCAUUGAAACAUAUCCAGCAUGAGGUACAAGAGAAGUUGAAACAGUGGUCUGAAAGAUUUGCAGGAGCGCUCAAGAAGCAGGAUACUGAAGAGGCAUUAAAUGUCAUCCGUAGAAUGACAUAUUAUAAACGUGCAAAUGAAGAAAUCGUGAAACGGUUGUGAUAUUGAAUGGUGGUUUUGUUCUUAGAAAUAUUAGGUGAUGCGCUUGCUGUUUGUAUUCGAUUCUUUUGGGUGUUGCGAGUUUUUGCACUCCGAAAUUGCAGAGUUGAAAAAAUUGGCCCGACUCCUUUUCAAGUGUAGGAGUAAAGUUGGCAAAAGCAUGACAUAGAGCAAUGGUGGGAGUGGCGUGGUGAUCAUGAACAUGCCAUAGGAGCGCAAGAAGUCUAUAGAUUAGCUACAUCCUGACUUUGUCUUGAAUAAUUUUGGUCAAUACUUCUUAGGAUAGCUUGGAUGAUGCAUAAUCAUAAAUGUAAAAUAUAUCUUUAUAAAUAUAACCGUGAUAUACACGGGCAAUAUGGUCUAAUAAGUUAUAGAAUUAUGGUGUAAGUUCUGAUUUUUUUUGGAUGCUCCUAUAUGGAGAUAAGAUAUUCUUAUAAUUGUUUAAUGCCGCUAUGAAGAGAGAUAUUGAUUGAA